CACACGACUUGGUGGUGUACGGUGCAGGAACUAUGCCAUCUUAUAAGCAUGGAUAAACCGGCCUCGUGUCUCGCGGUCAUGUCGUUCUAUAUAGAUUAAUGCAAUGACCGCUAAUAUUGAAUUCUGUGGUCAGAAACCGCCACACGCCUUGACUGGCAUUGUGACAGAUUCGUUGAUGAAACGAAGGCAAUAACAGUUUCUGUACAGAGCGUCGAUCGAUUGUUCAUAGACGUUCGAAGUUACGGUGUAUCUGGGGAUGUAGAUUUGAUUGUUUCGUAACAUGGCCUCAUCCUGGUUUCAGUUCAAGAUGCCAUUGAUGUUUUCUAUACUUACAUGAUAACGGGACAAUUGACAAUUAUUGCACGUGAUACCUUUGUUUACAGAGGGCGCUGCCGUUACCGGAAGUGGUUUGUUGAGUAGUAACCCAUCAUGGCGCAGGGCCAUGAGUGGAUCCUACAGUCUGCGAGCUUUUUUUGGAUUUUUACCUUGCUGUUGAGUGAAUCCCAAAGUAAAAGGACACAGACAUAUUAUAUGGAUGGCGCGGAUUGUGGGGACCGGAAACAUUUAGGCGGUGCCACUGUAUAUUCACACACAAUAGUAGGGGACAAAAAUAGUUACGGCAUUAAUCUGGAGUGCCGUAUGACUUUUAUAGCUGAAAAUGAUGACUGGAAGUUAAUGCUCCGGAUCAUUGAGUUGGAUAUACCAGACAGGACGGAGAAUGGGAUUUGCAAUGAUGCUCUGUACAUAUAUGAUGAUAGUGACGUCUACACAAGGGCGAUGGAGGAGGCAGGAGGCAAUGCAGGGCUAUGUGGGAAUAUUCUACCUCGAACAAUAUACUCAUCAGGCCAGUUUUUAACUGUCCAUUUCAGGACGGAUGAUGAGGGCCCUUCCGGGAAAGGCUUCAAGUUCAUAAUAACAGCUUUUAGUAAAGACUUUGAAAAGUAUAAGGAGUGUGGGUCCAGCUUCCAGUGUGAGAAUACUUGGUGUAUUGAUGAGGACCUGGUUUGUGACGAAGUAGACCACUGUGGGGACUACUCCGAUGAAGCUGCCGACGGCCGUGCCAAGUGUCAGCAGGAAGAUACUGGUUUGAUCAGCCGCUUCCUGUCGCUAGGUGUUACGGCAUCCAUUGCCAUCACUGUAGGGAGCGUCGUUAUCGUCGUCGCUUGCAUCGUUGCGCUGGUGUGCUGUUGCCGCAAGUCGUUCUGUAAGAAGCCACAGGACACGUCUGGUGUGACGACCACAGCUACAACAGUCGUGGCCAAUGGGGCGCCUCCAGCCAAUUACCAAGGUAUAGCCACUGACGGUCCACGAGCUGGCGGACCGUUCAGUAACCAUGGUUACACACAUCAAGGGUACUACCCGAUGCAGCCUGUCUAUCCAACACCCCACGGCUCCGUGUACUCAGCGUAUGCGAAAGAGCCGUUCCCGCCUCAAGGAAGUCAGUAUUCCUCCCAGCAGUCCCAGCACCGGUCGUACACGCCCACCAGCAGCAAGUCUGGCAAGUCCAACAGGUCGAAUAACAGUACCAGUGUCACGUAUAGCCAGGGAACAGAAAAAGUUUCACUCCCUGUCAAUCUUUAGUAAAUCCCGUCGUUUCACUUCUGGAUAAUUUUCUGGGACUAUUGUGAUCACUUCAGACUUGGGAUUUGUUAGACCAGUCAUGAGAAGUUUGAACCAGACUUACCUGAAUCUGAUGCAUAAACAACCAACCAAUAGUGGACUGGGUUGGAUCAAGUGCACCAUGGAACCCUGUUUCAGGCGACAAGGGCUUACAAUGUAUUUCCAACACAGCAGACAUGACACUGAACUUAUGACCACUGCAGAGGAGGUAACAUGCAGACAGUUAAUUCCUUUGUGUAGCAAUUCGGGGAUGGUCUUUGUGGAUUCAGAACAUGGGUGCUGGCCUAUUGAUUCAAAACUGUGUCUGCUGGUACAGAACAUCGAUGCUGAACCUGUGGAUAAUAAACAUUGAGGAUGAGCCUGUGGAGUCAGAAUAUCGUGACAAGCCCGUUGAUUCAGAACAUCGAUGUUGAGUCUGUGGAUACAGAACAUCAGUUCUGAGGCUGAGAAAUCAGAACAUCAGUGCCAUGCCCAUGGAUUCAGAACAUCGAUGUUGAGUCUGUGGAAUCAGAAUAUCAUGACAAGCCCGUUGAUUCAGAACAUCGAUGUUGAGUCUGUGGAUACAGAACAUCAGUUCUGAGGCUGAGAAAUCAGAACAUCAGUGCCAAGCCCAUGGAUUCAGAACAUCGAUGUUGAGUCUGUGGAUACAGAACGCCAGUUCUGAGGCUGAGAAAUCAGAACAUUGUGCCAAGCCCAUGGAUUCAGAACAUCGAUGUUGAGUCUGUGGAAUCAGAAUGUCAUGACAAGCCCGUUGAUUCAGAACAUCGAUGUUGAGUCUGUGGAUACAGAACGCCAGUUCUGAGGCUGAGAAAUCAGAACAUUGUGCCAAGCCCAUGGAUUCAGAACAUCGAUGUUGAGUCUGUGGAAUCAGAAUGUCAUGACAAGCCUGUUGAUUCAGAACAUUGAUGUUGAGUCUGUGGAUACAGAACGCCAGUUCUGAGGCUGAGAAAUCAGAACAUCGUGCCAAGCCCAUGGACUUAGAACAGGGCCUGUGGGUCCAGAACAUUGAAGCUGAGGCUGUGCUUUCAGAACAUUGAAACUGGGGACUGAAUGUUGAGAAAGAGGUCCUAUUGUGUCUGAAGACACAGUAAAGCUGGGGUAGACUUGUUACACCAUGGGUCUGUCCAGUACUGGCUCAGUGUUUUGUCAGAUGCUAGUCACAAGAAUGACAAUUUGUACAGGGCUGUAGAUUUGGAGACCUUUGCUUGUACUUUCGCGAUUCCUCUGCAGUGGACAGAAGAACAUGGCAGAGAAUCUCCAUGAAAACAAACUACUCAUGAAUGGGAUUUUUUUUUUUUUAAGCAUCAGGAUGUCAAGUGUUGACUUCUAUCAUUGACAGCUUCCAUCAGGCACAUCAGAUCAAGCCAACACCCCUUGGACUGAACUCACCCUGUAGUAUAUUUUGAUGAAAGUUUAAGUAGUUCUAUAAUUGGAGGAGUCCAUCCUAGGAAUAUUAGGGGUGAAGGAACAUAAGGGCUAGGACAUCAAAGUGCCUGAAAGAUGUCUGUCUCUGCAGUCAUAAAUGGUUCCAGAUAUCUGCAUUCUAUAAUAAUUAUUACUGACUGAAGAUAAAGAUCUUGCCACAAUUUUGAUAUUAAUUAAAGGCUUAAUUGGGUUGUUACUAGCAGUUUCUGUAUGUGUAGCUGUGUUGGUGUGCUUGCUCUGCAAUCAUGUGAAGAAGAUUAUGAACUUGGAACUACUUGACUGAAGCUUUGGCUCAAUCACAAAGCUAUGGCCUCUCAUAUAUUUAUCAUUCAUGGAUCAUUAAGAUUUGAAGUCAUGUCAUAUACCCAUCACAAUGUUCCUCCGUGGGCCAAUCACUAUAAUGACUGAUCCUGUCACUGCCUUCCUACCUCCUGUCUGUCUAUUGCUGAAGUCAUUCAUAUAGGACCGUCCCCACCAGUACGAGGCAUUUUACACAUAGAGGUUGAUGUGCUUGGGAACUAACUCCAGAGUGUUAUCGGACUCCCAAGAAAUGUGCAUUGCCUGGGACAGUGAGUGGAGCAAUGGUUUGUUGAACUGAAAGGAAAAGGAUUGUCUCCCCUUGGUAUUUUGUUCUACACUUGUUACAUGUUAAAAAAGACACUUUUUAGGUGUUAGCAUUUAAGUAUACACUUGAUAGAAAAUAUCAAUUGACCAUUUAGAUUUGAAAGGUUUGUUUGAAUUGAUGUUAUUAUUCGAACUUGAUUUUAACCUUCUCAUGUUGAUGUCAAAACAAGAAAAUGAAAAUGAAAAAAUUGGUUUAAAUAAUACAGGAAGAUCCUAUGAUCGGAAAUUGGAAAUCAAUAUUUUCUGGUUUGGUGGUCAUCCCAAUGUUUGAAUUUGAAAUACAUGUUUUGUUGGAAAUUAAUUUAUUCAAUCAUCACAUUUAUAACAUGGAUCUGAAGUAAUAUCAAAUGGGAGACAUUUUUGUCAUAAUUUUUGUUUUGCUUCAGAUUAUAUAACUGAAUGUCAAAAAGAUAAAAGCUUUAUCAAAAGGAUCUUUAUCUGUCGUCUGGCUUUACUUCAAAUUUCAAGAUAGAUAUCUGUAUGAGUAUGUUGAAACAUGAUAUUACAUAUUUACAUUUCACAAAUGCAAGGUUGUGCAUGUCUACCUUUGUGUCACUGCAAGGUUCUCACAGUGAGAUUGUUUCUGUAUGUAGCCAGCUAUAAAUCCAUGUAUGACUCUCAACAUACUCUUCAGGGUAAUUGCGACAAAUCAAUCAGUGUAGAUAUUGACAGAAAUUACUUUUUUGGAUGCAUUUAGUGCCCAGAAAAGUGGACUAUUUUCAUCAUAGUGGACGUUUUACAUGUUAAGUAAGUUUUUGUGUCAUUUCACGUUAUGUUUUCCCUUUAAAGAUUAGUUUAAUGGAACGAUCAUUUAUUCUUCAGGGGGCAGGGAUAAAUCAGCCCCUUGAAGACCUGGGGAUAUAAUAUUGUGCUUUAGUUCUGCCCCUCUGGGCAUUUAAGAAUUAUGCAUGUGUUGAUUGAAAAUCUCUGAGAUCAUCACAGCAGUAAUGAAACAAUCGACACUGGCAGAUGACAGUCUGUUGUCAGAUUCAUGUAUUUUGCAUGUUUAAAAUGUCCCACUGAAUCCAUUUCACCAUCACCAAGGGCACUAAAUAUGUCUGAUAUGGUAUGUGGUUAUCGUGUUUGUCAAGCGUUGACAAGCAGCUAUUUCAUGUUUUUGUUAGUCGACAUUGUCUUGUUUUAUUCAGAUCUGACCAUCUAUAAUUAAGUCAUAUUUGCAUUUCUGGUAAGGAGUGAUUGUCAUUUGUCCUUGUGCAUUAAUAAUACAUACAUCUCAAGUACUUCAGAUUGACAGUUCUAGAAAUGGUUGUCAAAUUCGCGGCAGUUCUUGAUGUGUCUUGUAUCUGACCUACACAAACCGGACUUACAAUGAAGCUUUGUCCAGACACUAUGAAGUCCUGUCCAUCAAAGAUGUGGCCAUGAUAUGCAUAGUACAUUAAUUGUAUUGUCUGUUCUUUCUCAUAACAGUCAUCCCAUACUAUACAAAAAUAUUCCUGUCUGACAGAUUUAAGAAAUAAAAGCUAAUACUGUGUUGGAAAAUUAUUUUUAAAAUUUGCUUUGUAUAUCUUUUUCAAGAAAUUGUUUAAAAGAAAUUAGCUGAUAUAAACCUUUACCAAAUACAUUUUAUUUUUAAUUUUGCCUCCUCUAUGUCAAUAUUUGGUCAAUAUGAUAAACAGGAAAAGUAAUUGGUCUGGUGUAAGGAUAUUUCAGGAAGCAUCUUCAUGUACUGUGUAAGUGGUGCUCAAAUAUACUACUGAAAAUAAGUAAAAGACCACCCAACUCUUUCAUCCCUUGGCAUGACAGAUUAACUAAAGUAAUAUGAAAGAAUCUGGAGGUCCUUAAGUUUUGUCAGUGGUAUAACUACUUCCCAGAUUCACACUGAUUAUCAUUCUUGGAUUGUCAGCACCAUACCCAUGCAUUACUUCGGACUUUCCUCCCAAGCUGCUGUCCCGUGAUAUAACUGAAGUUCAGUGCUGCGUUACGCCAGAUUCACCCACUGGAAACUUCCAAUGUGAAGUCAGCCUGACCCAGCGCAACCCAUCAACGCAACCCAUCCUAUUAAGUCAAUCACCCUUAGACUCUUUUGUAUUCUUUUGACUGCAUAAUAGCAGAUGCACAGCUUUAACAGGAACAGCUCUCCACACCAUGAAACUUACUCAAUGGUUUUUCAAAAUCAUGUUCAUAGGUAUCAAACGUCCUUGUUUAAUAUGUGUGAAAAUCCACACUGCAGUCAUAUUUGUGUUAUUACUCUUAGAAACCCACCAUUUAAUAUUCUGGGGGUUGGUGGCGGCAGGGAUUUUUGUAAGAGUCAAUUUUUUUCAGGACAUCAGUAUGUCCACUGAUCAAUAUCAUUUUUGGAGUAAAAUCUGAGGACAAAAUAUUUUUGUAAACUAACCAAAGCCCCACCCCACAGAAAUGAAGUGGUUGGUUCCUUAGUAAUAAUAAUAAUGACCCAUAGUUUUCAGUAUUUUUAUGCCAGUACUACCACAGGUAACAGAUUUGAUACUUGAGCACAUUUUGGGGAAAUCCAUGUAUCAUAUUCUAGUUUUUUGUUUCAUUGUUCUUUACUAAUUUUAUUUCUUCAAGGUCCCACAAGUUUAGCUUUAUAGAUUUUAUAUGAGUUUUCUUACAAUCUUUUGCCAUAUUUUGAUCCAAAGAUGUAAUAAGUGACAUGUAUAGUAGCGUUGGUGACCUUGGACGAACUGGUUGACCUUCAUACAACUCCCUCACAUUACUGAUAUGUAUAUAACGUCAUCUCAUCAAACCACGGACUAUUAAGGUCUGUGAUGAGGUCAGGACAGGUUUUGUUUUUGUGUUACAGAUUUUCUAGGCCAAUAUUAUGCAGAAGUAUCAAUUCUUAAGGAUGACUUGAUAAGCACAAAGAAAUAAAUAAAAUCAAUACUAAUUUAUUUACUUAAGACGUCAUCGUAUUGAUUUUGGAAAAGUUGUUUUGUUUUCCUCUAAA